CUCUCUGAGCUUAAACCCGUUGCGCCGUAGGGCUGCGCGGUGGGUCCGGUGGCCUUCCUGGGUGCACGCUGCACUUCGGGAGACCCUUGGAGGCGCUGUGCCGCCAUCUCCUGGUGCCACUUCCUGGGCGUGUCCAGCACUAAGGGAGCAGUCUCUCACCGCCCGAGUGCCCGGACACCUUUCUGCCCUUUCUUUGGCUCUGCGAGGUUCUGGCCAGGUGUCAGAAGGGGCGUUGUGCCCAGUGGGACCCUCCAAAGGGAGCUGAGACAACUGGGAAUCAUUCUUGGAGACGUCUUAACAAAUAAGUUUUUGCCUGGAGCCAGCAGAGUGCUGCAAGGAUAAUGGUCUUGUUUAUGAUGAAUGGGAUUUGGAGAAAUUGUAUAUGUCAUCUAAGGAAAGGGAAGGUGCUACACAGAUGCCAAAGUGGUGUCCACCCAGUGGCCCCUCUAGGAUCAAGGAUUUUAACUGAUCCAACCAAAGUUUUUGAACAUAACAUGUGGGAUCACAUGCAGUGGUCUAAAGAAGAAGAAGAAGAAGCUAGAAAAAAAGUAGAGGAAAACUCAGCCACACGAGUCAUUCCAGAAGAACAAGUUAAGCUUGAAAGUGAUGCUAACAAAUACUGGGACACAUUUUACAAAAUUCAUAAGAAUAAUUUUUUCAAAAAUCGUAAUUGGCUAUUGAGGGAAUUUCCUGAAAUUCUUCCAGCUAAUCAAAAAACUAAAGAAAAAGCAGGAGAUUCAUCCUGGGAUCAUGGCAAGACUAGUGCUCCAGAUUCAAGAAUUCAAGAAACAGAAACCCAUUGUAAAGAAAGUUCUGACUUACCAGAUGGCCAAAGCAAAGCAAGAUCUGAUUUUUCCAACCCAGGCUUGGAAGAGCACAGAAAAGGACCUGGGACAAUUGAGCACUUUCCUGGUAGCAGUGCCACUUUCCGAAUACUAGAGGUUGGCUGCGGUGCUGGAAAUAGUGUUUUUCCUAUACUGAACACCUUGCAGAACAUUCCGGGAUCCUUUCUUUAUUGCUGUGAUUUUGCCUCUGGAGCUGUGGAACUUGUAAAGUCACACACGUCCUACAGAGCAGCCCAGUGUUCUGCCUUUGUUCAUGAUGUGUGCAAUGACGGCUUACCCUACCCUUUUCCAGAUGGGAUCCUAGAUGUCAUUCUCCUUGUCUUUGUGCUCUCUUCUAUUCAUCCUGACAGGAUGCAAGCUGUUAUCCACCGACUAUCUAGGUUGCUGAAGCCCGGGGGAAUGUUGUUAUUUCGAGAUUAUGGAAGAUAUGAUAAGACACAGCUUCGUUUUAAGAAAGGGCACUGCUUAUCUGAAAAUUUUUAUGUCCGAGGAGAUGGUACCAGAGCCUAUUUCUUUACAAAAGGGGAAGUCCACCAUAUUUUCUGCAAGGCCGGGUUAGAUGAAAAGCAAAAUCUGGUUGAUCAUCGCUUGCAAGUUAAUAGGAAAAAACAAGUGAAAAUGCACCGAGUGUGGGUUCAAGGAAAAUUUCAGAAACCAUUGCACUGGACUCAAAAGAACUCCAAGUUAGUACUUUCACUCCUUUCUCAUGACUGAACUAUGCGUCAUGUUAAGGUAUGAAACAGAGACUGUGUUAUCCAAAGACUCCUGCAAGUCUUUCUUUUUCUAAAGAUAAUGAGAACAUUUAUGUUUCCUGCUGACCUGUCAUGAUGUAUGUAUGAGCCUUUUGUAUAUCUAAGUACAUGUAAGUGAUUUGAAAGAAUGUACAGCUGUCUGUGUUUUCAGAACAUGAUAUGAUAUAUGUUUAGUUUUAUUACAUCUAAUCAUUUUGUUCCUUGAAUUUUAUGAUAGUCAAUUAAAUUUCUGAUAUAUAAUUUUGAGAAACCAAACCUGUCAUUUUUUAAGAAGUGGAAAAAAAAUCAUCUACUUUAUUAUUAGGUUUAGUAAAGCAUUUCCCACAUCCAGACUGUCCUCUGUUGUCAACUAAUAGCAGAAGGCAGCCAGCCUUGUUUUUAGGGAAAUUUA